GCCGGCUUCAUUCUUGACCCAAGUCGAAGAGAAGCAUACUUCAAAAUGCGGGAGUAUGCUAUCAUGGGUUCAAGUCGAGAUUAACAACUACGUACGUACUUCCAUUUAAGGACGAUGUGGAGAAAUUAAAACACCCACCAGCGGAUUAAUCAUUCAUCGAUCAAGACCAUUGGGAUGAAUUUGUGGCUUCACGGUUGAAGGAAGAUUUUGAAAAAAAAAGUGAAGAUGGUGAACUGAAAAGGAAGCUAUACAAAUACAACCAUAGAACAUCUCGCAAGGGGUAUGCAAAUUUGGUUGAGGAGUUGCGUGCAUCUUCUUCGUCAGAUCAAAUAGAUCGAUCGAUAGUAUGGAAACAUGCACGGUUGGAUCGUAAGGGAGAGUUCCCAGAUAAAGAGACGAUGGACGUUGCCAAUCUCAUUGACGAUCUAAUGGGCAACCAGAAGGGACGUAGUUUAUCUGAUGGUGACGAUGUUCUCACCCAAGCGUUGGGAGGGAAAGAUUGUCCGGGCAUACUCGAGGCGUGGGGAAGUACGUGACUAAGAAAAAAUAUUUCCAUACCUCAAUGGAAUCUAAAGAAGGUAAUGAGGAGAGGACAGUGUAUGAGGAACGUGAUCAAAUGGCCAAAUGAAUUAUCGAGCUAGAAGCGGAGUUGCAUAGAAUGAAAAAAGAUGAGUGUGCGAAAGGAGAUGAAGAAGAACAAGACCCUAGUAUGUGUUCGAAAGGAACACCAUCAAUUGAAGGGGUUUCAGAUGAUGAGACUGAAGACGUAGCCUCUGAUUCAGUACCAGAUAAAGCGGCUGACGUUGUGACAGAAGUGAACAAAGAAGAAAAUGUGGGGGACACAAGAUCAAGUGACUUGAAGGUUGGAACUCCGUGUAUGCUUGCGUUUGAAACUGAAGAUACUAUCAUUGCACAUGGGACAAUAUUUGAUGCUGAAGGUGACGGUGAGAACAUCAAGGUAUCAGUGGAUGUUGUCCUCGAUGGCCAAUGUGUGAUUCCGAAACCGACAAAGGAAGGAGUCACCAAACUGACGCAUGAAGUCGGAUCACAUUUAAUGUGGCCACGACAUCUUGUUCUUACUAGGAAUGAUAAGAAGGAAACUGUGGGCUUCAAUACGGAUCCGUCCACAUUCUCUAGUGCAGCAUAUCUACGUGCUCCAGUGGCACUCCGGUGUUUGGUUAGACUCGUUGAACAUAUGGGGUCAUCGAUUCAACUAAACACGCCUUCAGAGCUAUUCGGUGUGAAGAGAAAAUGUUGCAUUAUGGUUGAGUCACUGAGGGAUUUCUCGUCAAUGCAGCCAAUAUGCACAUCAUGCCUAGAUGCUUACAUGAUGUACCUUCACACAAUUAUGGUACAAGGACGAAGUUCAAGCUUGUUCAAGUUCAUGGAUGCCGGAUCUGUAAGUUACUCGAGUUACAAACAAUCGCGUGCGCAGUUGUUGAAUGCUCGACUUCUCGGAGCCGAGUAUGACCAAGUAGUAUUGUUCCCAUACAACUCUGGCAAUCACUGGACAUUGGUCGUUGUUAAUCCUACAAAGGGUGCUGCAUAUUGGAUUGACCCGUUGAAGAAUCGGAUUGACGGAGACAUGAGUGAAGUGCUUCAAAUGUCAUUCAAUAUAUCAAAGAAAAAAAAACCAAAUUGGAAGGUUGUUAAGUGUCCCAAACAAAAUGGGGUGGUAGAAUGCGGUACUAUGUUAUGCGAUUCAUGCGGGACAUAAUUUCUGCGAGGAGUACUUCGAUUGUAGAUGUCAUGAAAAGUUUACCUCCUACGUACUCUCAAGAUGAAAUCGAUGAAGUUAGAUCGGAAUUGGCGGAGUUCCUUUCUAAGCACGUACAUCGUGCUUAGCACCAGAUUAGGAAACAACAUUUUUUGAAGUAUUUUGUGGGGA